UCCUCUGUUGCUCUCCUCCAGGUUUCUUCCCUUUUUUUCCCCCUGAAGGGUUAUUUGGGAGUUUUUCCUGGUCCCAUGUGAGGUUUUGGGGCAGGGAUGUCUAUGUGUACAGAUUGUAAAGCACUCCGAGACAAAUUUGUAAUUUGUGAAAUUGGGCUAUACAAAUAAACUGAAUUGAAUUGAAUUGUGGUCCAAACUCCAUCCUGAGAGAGCUGUUAUAUAGUUUUACUCAGGGGAUGUUCAAAUGGAGUGCCUUAGUUGGACAAGUGUAUCUAAUGGUAAUAUUAGUUCAUUUUAAAACAUUAAACUUUUAUUUUGUAGCCACCCACAAAGCUUUGCAAUAAGUGCAAUAGGUGUUGUCUUCUUUUUGAUUUUUUGUCUUUCUUACAAGUCAAUAGAAAAUAUUACAAUUAUGUUGGUUCAACCAUAGACUGUACAAAGUAAAUAUGUAUGGCAAAAUAGUGUUAUAAAAUAAAUAUAUUUAGUGUUACACAAUAUGAUCGUGGAGAAGGCAUCCAUCUCUCUCUGCCUGAAGUUCAGGGCCUCAAUUUGGCCUCUCAAGGGUAGUUUGUAUAAUGUCGCUCCACAAGCGUUGUAAAAACCUAUCGUUGUUUUCUGUCGGUGAUUGGGUUUUUUUAAAUAGUAAUUUUGUUAUUUUGGUUCUUUUUGUGGGAUUUUCUCUUUGUAGUUUUUGGUUUGUCUUCAUGGUCAUUUUGUUUCUCUCUUUCUCUCUUAUGAUUUUAAAUCUGAAAAAAAAAUCCACUAAAACUGAAUACCUGAACUUUGACCAUGCGCGUUUGUUUUACUGUGCUUGUACGUGAAGUUAUUAUAGAGGUCCUAUUUGUAUAGUUUAUUUACCUGAACUUGAGUUUGAGAGUGAGGGGUUCUUUUCUAUCAGUAUCUUCAGUUCACUCACAUCCUAUAGGACUGAGGAAUAUUUGGUAAUAACGUUUGAAUAUCUGCUGCAUCAGUGAUGACUGUGGUUUGACUUGUAUCUCUUCGUUGGUUGCAGUUAUCAGUGCAAUGACAAUGCAGGCCACAUGACUGUGCAAAGGUUGUUUGCAUUUGUAAAGCAAACAAAGUUGCAGAGAAAGAAUAAAAAGGAGUUUGCAAUUGAUUGGAAUUAAAACUUCGCCAUGUUGGCAUCAGUGGUUCUACUCUUGGCAGCUGUUUUACUCUUCCUGCUCUUCUUUCCAACCCAAAGGCCCAAAAAUUUCCCUCCAGGCCCCCGACCAUUCCCCAUCUUUGGAAAUGUGCUGCAGCUCAAUCUGGAGAGCCCUCUCGCAGAUCUGGAGAAGCUGGCCAAGCGCUAUGGUAACGUCUUCAGCCUUUUCAUUGGUCCCAGGCCUGCGGUCGUCAUCAAUGGGCUGCAGGCGUUGAAAGAAGCCCUGGUCAACAAAGCUGCGGAUUUCUCUGGCCGACCACAAGACCUCAUGGUUAAUCAUGCCAUACAAGUGGAAGCUCAUGCUCCCGGAGUGAUUCUAGCAGAUUAUAACUCUGGCUGGAAAGAGCACCGACGCUUUGGUCUGAUGACCCUGCGAAACCUCGGUCUGGGGAGGCAAUCGAUGGAGCGGAGCAUUCUGGGAGAGAUACAUGGCAUCGUACAGCUGUUGGAGCAGAGUGUCGGUAAGACCAUGAAUCCCAACAAGUUGUUCCACAAUGCAGCUUCCAACAUCAUCUGUCAAAUUCUGUUUGCGAGGCGGUUUGACUACGAGGAUGAGUUCAUGAAGUUCUUUGUUGGACUUUUCCAAGAGACUUCUAAAAUAAUCAACGGGCGCUGGGGUAUGAUUUAUGACGCUGUUCCCAUUGUGCGAAACCUGCCACUACCCUUCCAGAAAGCCUUUAAAAUGUUCAAGGAUGCACAUCAAAUACGUUUGAAGAUGUUGGCUGAGAACAAAAAGACCAGAGUUCCUGGUAAACCCCGCCAUUUCAUCGACAUCUAUUUAGAUGAACUGGAUAAGAGAGGUGAUGAUGGCUCCUCAUUUUCUGAAGACCAGCUUUGUGCAUUUAUUUUGGAUCUUCACUUUGCUGGGACUGACACGACUGCUAACACCCUACUCACUGCCUUCCUCUACCUCAUGAACUAUCCACAGAUACAAGAGCGCUGUCAGCAAGAAAUAGACAACGUCCUGGAUGGGAAUGAUGAAGCAAGUUUUGAAGACAGACACCAGAUGCCCUAUGUGCAGGCCGUCAUUCACGAGAUCCAGAGAAUGGCUGACACUGUGCCUCUCGCUGUUUUCCACUGCACCACUAAAGACACAGAGUUGAUGGGAUACUCCAUACCCAGGGGAACCAUUGUCAUCCCCAACCUUUCCUCAGUGCUAUGCGAGGAGGGACAGUGGAAAUCCCCCCAUGAAUUCAACCCUGAAAACUUCCUCAAUGAGCAGGGGGAGUUUGUGAAGCCCGAGGCCUUCAUGCCUUUCUCUGCUGGUCCUCGUAUGUGUCUCGGAGAAACUCUGGCUCGUAUGGAGCUCUUCCUCUUCGUGGUGACUCUGCUGAGGAGGUUCAAGUUUGUGUGGCCUGAGGAUGCAGGAGAGCCAGACUACAAAAUGGUUUUUGGGACAACCCAGACACCCAAACCUUUUUGUAUGAAUGUCCAAGACAGAAAAACUGUCAAUGCAAGACAAGGGUUACCUUAAUACUUAUUAUUAUUCUUUCGGUAUCUCCCGAUUUGAUUUUGAGAUUUCGGGGAGUCAAGAUUCAAUUCAAAAUAUAUUACUGUUUAAAAAUAUAUAUUUCAUUCAUUAUGCCUACAUGGAUCUACUCCGUUCCAUCUUAUGCUAAUAAAGGCGAUGGGGAUAAUUAUGGCAUCAACAAAAAAUAAAAUGUAUGGAAAAUGUAUAUUUAAAUAGCUUAUAUCAACUGAUGGCAAUAAUGUAAACACACAGAGCCAACAUUUAACUUUCAUUUAUGCUCAACCUUCACAAAUAAACAAAUGUGUUGUAUUAUUUAAUUCUCAGUAACUUCAAGAAUAAAAAGUUAUAAAUAAAAUAAAUGAUGCCUGUUGUAUUAAUACAAUUAGGAGUUUUUUAUGUCUCAGAAACAUACAAAUAAAAAAAAGAAUAUUGUGCAUAAAAUAACAUUGUGAAACUGGCUUUGGUAAAUCCGCAGCAUUAUGUAAAUGUUCUAACUGUUGGCGAGCAGCGCAGCACGGGGUGAGACUCGACUGUAUAAACAGUGACGAUGUCAGAAGAUGACAAGUCCUAGUCUUUGUAUAUCUCCAGUCUGAUAUAAAGCGAACAGCUGAUAGGUGCAUUUGCUUACAUGAGAUGAUAUAAUUAUAAUAUAUUAACAAAUAUAUUAACAAUAAUCAAAAACAAAUUGUGGAGAAAUAAACGUUUAGAAAUUGAUAUUUGGAAGUUGUGUAUCGAUUCAGAAUCUUAGGCGAUGAGAAUCACAAUUUUAAACAUUGUACACAAUUUUAACUCAUAGGCAUAAAACCAGUUUUGGUUUAAGCUGCACUAAUCCAUAUUUCAUAUGAGCAAUAGAUAAAUGACUAUCUGAAAGAGCUCACUUCUAGUUUCACCCCCUGUGCCCUUCCAUCGGCUCUUUAUCUCUGUCUUUGAACCUUAAUGUUUGUGAGGAGCGAGUUGUAUUGAAAACCAUGUACAAUUUGUUUCUAGCGCCUCCAAGUGGCCAAAGAAAUUCUAUAAUAUAUGACUGUGACCUUUAUUCGAUGCAAAAAAUCUGCUAGUUGAAGUCUUUGUGUGGUUUACAGAAUAUUACGUAUGCAGUCCUAUUAUAUCUUAUCGGAUUAAACCAUAAACUCUGAA